AGGAGGGUGUAUGUGAGUAGGUGUCAUCAUCAGUCACUAAACAUGAUGUCUCGGGAGAAGAGGGGAGUAUAAGGCUCCCUUUCUCUCCUGAAGUAGCUUCCAGACAAUUUAACUGAGUGGAGAAGACACGUGGAAAAAUAAGCAGAGGAAGUUUGUAGAGUUGAGCCCACCAAGGGUAGAAUGGACAGGGGAAAUUCCAGGAAGAGGUAAGACCAAGUAGUUUGGGAAGAGGAGUGGAAUUUUAAUUGGAGAGGUGGGAAGGAAAUUGCAAAACCAAAGGCAGCAGGUAAGAAUCUUAUGCUAUCUUGGGUGAUGGGGUGGAAGUAGAGUGAUGGAUGUGACUAGAGUCAUGAAGAGCAAUGUGAGAUAAGGCUAGAAAGGCAAAUGUGGAACAUCACAGAGGACCUCAUAUUUUUCCUCUGGGGAUAGCGAGAUACUGCAGGCUUUAAAGGUGAGUGAUAUGGCAAGAGCUAGACUUUAGGGAGAGGGAUCCAGUAGAUGAAAUACCGAGGGGAGAGAUAGGAAAGAGACUAUUUUAGAAGACUGGAGCAAUAGGCCAGAUAAGAGGUAAGGGAGUAAGAAUCCACCUCUAAUUUGUAUAGGAAUGAAUGAACCCUUCAGAUGAAAGCUGAAAGUUAAGUGUCCCUAAUAAAUCUGAUGUCCUGGACAGGAAACAAGAUUUAGGGGCAUGGGUAAUUCAUCUGUUAGUAGGUUCAGACUUCUGAAAAGAAAUAGCAAUAUUCUUGUAGAAUGUUAAAAAUAUACAAAAUAUUACAUAUGUGUGUGUAUAUACACACAUUAUCAUUGAAUCUCCCAACCAAUCUUGUGAAAUAGAAAGUAUUGAUGUUAUCCCCACUUUCUAGAUAGGAAAUUAAGGCUCAGGUGAAAUGACUUGGCAAAGUUCAUAGGUAAUCUCGAGUCAAGACUUCAAAUCUGGGUCUUUCCCAGUCCCACACUGAGUCUAUGACAUAAGUCUAUGUCAGUGGAUCUGAUGAGAACCCUCCUCACCAUCUUGUAUAAUUCUUAUCCAUGUCUUUCCUCAAGUCCUCCACAGAAGACUGUACUGGAAGCCUUCCAAGACUUAGUAUGGACUUGUGAUUAGGGCAUCUCACAGGACUGGGGAUACAGCUGUGAUGAGGGGCUCAGUAACCUGAGCAACAAAGUUUUUAAACAAAUGUGAGAGGAAAUGUGAGAAGAAAUGCCUGUAUACAAACCAUAAAAAGAUAUAUGGAGUUUGUAAUAGGCUUUUAAAUUUGGAAGCAAUACUAGAAACCAUCUCAAUGCCCUCAUUCAACUGAUGAAAACAUUAGGGCCCUAAGAAGUAAAGUGACUUGCUCAGUCACACGGAAGCAGAAAAAGCAUAGGUUCUCUAGGCUCUAAAUCGAGUUUCCCUCCUCCCCACUAUGCCAUAUAAUGCUUUCUAAAAGGAAAAAAGAUUGAGAAUGAGGUCAAAAUUAUCUCUUAGCAAGAGACGGCAACAGAUUUUAGCAACAAGCACAACCUCAUAGGUAUCAUCGAAACUUAGGGAGCUGGUCAUCCAUGGAUAAGCAUAUCUUGUCCAAAAAGAACAUGGGGGUGGUGGUGCUGCAGUUUGUAUAUUAAGAAGGCUGUGCACAAAUCUAUUAAUCUACACAGAGAAUUAAUUGGUGGGUGAAAUGGGACUACAGAAACCACAAAGGGAAAUGACCAUGGUGGUGGUGACAAACACUGAAGAUGUCAGAAUUUGCCGUUAGAGGGCAGAACUGGAGUGAAAGCUGCAAAGAACGCUCUGAAAGAGGAAUGGGCUGCCUCUUGUUAGAGAUUGGAUGACGGCUUGUAAGGGAAGUUGUAGAAUAAGUUUGUGCUCAUGUACGGGUUGGACUAGUUGGCCUCUGACAUCUCUGCUAGCUCUGAGGUUCUGGGAUUCUUAUAGCAGAUUCCAAAGAGUGUAGAGAAAAGGAAGGUCUGAGCCUGUGGCUGGGUUGGAAUGGUCAGGACAGACUUUGUGGAGAUGAGGCUAGAAGCUAGGCUUUGAUGUGGAGGUAAGAUUAGCUAUAAAGUGUGGCAGGUAAGGGGGGACAUGCAUGGGUGUAGAUGAGGUGACCAGGACCUUUGGGUUGAGUAUCUGUCCUUUCUUUUUGUGGGGGCUUAGGGUUAACCCAUAUUCCCUGAGGCCCAAGAACAGAGGAUGGUAUGGCAGGAGCAGGGAGAAGAGGGGCUGCCUUGGCUCCUGCUCAGUUCUGAUGAGGGAGAUACCUGGAUCGCCAUUCCUUCUGGGAAGGAAAUCAGUUUGCAGGAGCUCAAUUAGUGUGUUCAAUGGUGGUAGUAGUUGUGUGUGUGAGGAAUAUGGGGAGGGGCAGGUCCCCAAGAUAGCCACUUUCCUUUUAGAACCUCAGAGUAAGCUGGAGCCAGUAUGUUGGGGUUGGGGAGGAGGAAGAAGAUGGAAUGACCCUAGGCACCCUGUUGCUCCACUUUCAUUAGUUCCCAUCCUCCAAGGCACAUCUGAAUGAUAGCUACCGAAGAAUCCAGGCUGAUCUAAACUAAAACCUCCAGAGUGGGAGGACUCAAGGGGGUUGAGGUAUCGAUCUUAGUCUGCUUUCUUCUACCUCCCACCUCCGGUGAGGUAGCCCUGAGAUGCCUCGAUCCUUCCUAGUAAGAAGCAGAAGAACCUCUGGAAGAAAAAAGGUGAUUGGCUUUACUCCAGGGAACCCAGCCCUCUCUGUGGGGAGGCUUGGAGGCCCAUGGGCUGAGAGGCCCCUGUCCCCCAACCCUGAAGCCGGCUCCUCUCUGGGGUCCUCUGCGCAGGCAGAGGCUGACCUCUUUGGGCUCCAGGGGCCAGCUGGCCUCUCCUGGGAUGGCCACUGCCCCCAGCCCCAGCCUCAGCCCCAGCCCCCGCCCCCGACAGCAGUUACUGCCCCAAACCUGCAGCCACAGCUACCGCUGCCACCACCCACAGCACAGCACCCUCAUCAAUUCAAGGAGAGACUGUUCCCCUGCGGCGUGUGCGGGAAGAGCUUCCGGCGCUCCUCCACUCUGUCCACACACCUGCUUAUCCAUUCGGGCACGCGGCCCCAUCCCUGCCCCUUCUGCACCAAGCGCUUCCACCAGAAAUCCGACAUGAAGAAGCACACGUUCACCCACACCGGAGAAAAGCCCCAUCACUGUGGAGUAUGUGGAAAAUCCUUCAGCCAGAGCUCCAACCUGCUCACUCACUGUCGGCAGCAUGGGGUGAGCCGGCCGUUGCCUGGGAGGCCAAAGUGCCCACCCCUGCAGGAAUCCUGCCCCAAAGAGCCACCGGGCACUUCCCUGGGGGUCCUGAGCCCCAGGGAGAAGGGAGAAAACUGUCCCUAAAGCCUUGUUCUCCACCUGUUCACCAAAAU